UUUCUAGAGACGGUUUAGGAAUGAAUGUCUCUCAGCUUUAUCUGAAGUCUUUGCUUGCAGACGAUAAGUCAGCAUAUCCAAAUCUACUAGUAAAUGCAAUCAGCGAGGGUCUCACUCAGAUAUCGAGUGAAUGGGUAGACUUCGUUAAUUCGUGUCUUCGCAACAAGUCUAAGAAAAGAGUCGGUUUGGCACUUUUAGAAGUCACGGUAAACAACUGCUCGUCUGAACUGUUUGCUGCACAUGCAGUGAAUUGGUUUCAGCAUCUUCUUUAUUAUCUUCAGGCUUCAAGGGAUUUGAGCACAUUUUAUAUCGCUUCACAUUUGAUUUCUUUUAUUGUACAGUUUGUUCCACAGCAUCCAGAUGUUGCUCGUGAGCUUGCCGGACAACACUUGCAAAGUCUUGUAACGACAUUACUGUCAGCUCCAAUUCAGCAUUUUGUAUCAGCAGUUGCAUGUAUAUGCAGUUGUUUGAGAAGUAUGCCUGGUCCAAUGGGUCCUUUCAAGCAUCGUAUUGAGAAGUGGCUUCUAGAAAAAGGUUGUAACAACGACGAGCAAAUAUGGCAGACUGCUGCUGAGUGUUUGGCUUUGCUGCCACGUGUGGGUGGUGGUGGACAGGAUGGAGUGAAGCAUGCGGAAGCGUGGAGUCAUUUGUGUCAGCAGUUGAUGUCUACAUUGCGAUGUGUGUUGAAAGCAAUACUAGACGGCACACAACACGACAUACAAAGCUGUUCGGAAGAGCAAGGAAACACUCAGUUAGUUGGGUUUGGAAUCGAAGAUCUCCCACCAACAGAACCCGACAGAAUGUCAACGUUAGUUCACAGGCACAAGUUUUUGUCUCACUGUUUGCAUCACAUUCUCGUGACUGAAUUUCCGGUCAUCGUCAGUGUGCCUGUUCCUUCAUUGAUUUCACUCAUAUUGCAAACUUUGUCUGUUGAUCCUCGAAUGCUAGCAUCUGGAGCUCAACAUGCAGAACGAGUUCCUCUAAUAGCAGCGACAUCAUUUAUACAACAAAGUGCGUAUGAGCUGUUGGAAGGUUUGAUUUCCAGUUGUAAACAAUUACUGCUACCGUAUUGUAGUAGUGUUGAUAUGUUGUUUGUGCAAACGCUGAACUGGACCAAAGGAGACAGAGUAAACCCAAAGUUUCCACAUAGCUCUUUACGCAUCAAAGCAUAUCGAGUCUAUGAGCUGUGGCUGGCUGCAGGCGGAAACUGUGCUAAUACUGAAAUUGUGGAUCAAAUAGUUAGCCACACUCUAGCAGACGCAGCAGCUAAUAAACUUGAGGACAGCAGAGAUUCCAGCAAUACUACGGAUGCGUUACCACCACCAAGAAAGAAGAGGAAGGGAAAACAGUCUCACGACCAGCUCCCGUUAGCAUCAUUUGGCCAGAGAAAGUAUUUGUUUGUGUCUAACAAGAGUCUCUGCCAAGCUGCUUUGAAAGCACUCUGUCGAUUGGUGGUUGUGCGGGGUCCUCAGUUAUCAGCCAAAUCAUUGCAACUUGUGCUUGAGUUUGUGAUUCCUUUGCUUCUUGACUGUCAACAGUCGUUGCUGGGUCAAUCGCCGCAGCUGGCAAAGUCAAGCACUUGGUCAGGCCUUGCUCCUGAUCCUUAUGCUUCAGCACAAUGUCGGUUGUUGCUCUAUCGGCUGCUGAGAUGUUGUGUUCUGUCUUCGAAUCAUCUUGUGGCUGCACCUGUGCAAGAAGCAUUGGCUGUGUUUAGUAGGGGUAUUCAUGAUACGAGCCUGGAGGUAUCGUUACUCUGUAGGGAAUCUCUAGCUGUUUGUGACCUCGUCAUUCACCCUCGACUGCCUAGUCUUCAGCGUACCCCUGCACCUGUACAUACUAUCACAACAGACACUAUUGUUGAUAUCAACUCUAGACACAGUCAAGCAGCCUCAUCACCCGUUUCUACUGCCUUACCCGAGAACCCUUCAGUACCAUCUCUGACAACAGGAUGUGCUACUACUCAACUUACUGAUGAGAUAGAAUUAUAUCACUCUGCUGCUAGUCAACAAAGUGGUCUAGAAACGGACGCAGUUAGUGGAGACGAUGGCAUAGUAGACCAGACACGAUCACAAAGUGAAGAUUUGUCAUCAGAUGUAAGAAUGGGGGCGUGUCAAUCUAGUUCAGGAAACGUCACUGCAGUGGAACAAACAACACAGUCAGUAGACGACGCGGUUGAUGUUAAUAGUCAUGUAUCAGUCAAAGUCAGUCAGACUAAUAUCAACGACUAUAGAGAUAUCAGUCAGCUUGAUGUGUGUCAGUCAAAGUCGGAGGCAUCUAUUGGAGUUAAUCAGAAUGAAAAUGAGAUGAUUGAUGUUGGAGAGAGAAGGCGUGGAGAUGCUGGAAUUGAUGAGAUGCUUGCUACGUUUGUAGAAGCACCACCGGACUCAGACUAAUAAACAGUAACGGGUAGUCUGUAAUAGUUAUUGUGUUUGAUAGAUACAUGUAUACAGCAUGUAUGAAAUUGUCUUUGCUUCUCA